CGCUGUUUAUCGCCCGAUCCCCAGGUUUCUGACCUUCUCAGGGCUCUGCUUCGCUUUUUUUUUGAACAGCUGCCACACAAAUCUACAAUCGAAUAUGCAUGUCGCUCGCGUGGCGCCUCUCCCUUCAAAUUUAAGGCCCACCUGAUUCUCAAUCUUUGCACUUGACACCCCCCACUUCUGUCACAAAUGUUCGACCAAUACACCAGUCCUAUCAUGCUACACACACCUCAUAUGUUUGAUCCUUACAAGGAAAAGGUCAACCCAGGCCAUCUCUAUGUCCGUCAACCACACGACGCCAUCCAGAUCAUCCAGCUCGUAGAGGCUUCACCUCCUCCACGUCGUGACAUCGAGUCCAGCUCAUACGGCUUCUCCUCUGGAUCCUCAUAUCCCUCUACAUCGGACUCAGAAGACGAGGAGGAUUGCUCAUCGUAUUGCUCCUCUUUUGUUACCCCUCCCCAUCCUUCCCAGGACAGAGAACCCGUGGCUUGGACAGAUGAUACAUAUGAUGUUCGCAUGAAGCGGGUACAGAAUUGGAGAGAUAAUUCGAUAAAAGUAAUGAGCGCCUCAGCUGAGCCCCGUUCGUCAUCAUUAAAACGAAAGUUGAAUCAAAAUCAGAUUGAUGAUGAUCUUGUCUCGCACACCCCAAAAAGAUCACGCUCGCGGGAUCCUCAUAACGCAUCCAGAUUGUUCGGGCAUUCAUGUACUGCGUGCGAUACCCCCUUCUCAUCGAGACAAGGCCUGCGACAGCAUGGUCGCACCCCUUAUAUAUCUGAUGCAUGUCGGAUAGCGGUCGAAUACAAUUUCGAAUGACCGCCUACUUUUUGCAAGUUAUGCUUGGCUGUUCACUCUUAUGACGAUUAUGACCCCAGCAUUUGCAUUGUUGUACGAUAACCCACAAUUAUUUUUUAUUCAUCUUCGGUAUCGUACACACUCAUUUACCCAUACUGUGUACCACCAACGGAUGAAGUUGAAGCGAUGUUUGUUUCUGUACAUUAUUGAUCACUACACACCUGCCCUGUUAAUUAUACCAUAUUAGUUCACUAGUACUUCGUGUCAGCAGACUUGCUAUCUGUUUUACAAUGAACUUUGCAUUUGACGGUCAUCUCGUUCUGGGGAGCAAGCAGGCACGCAAGAUGCAAGCAUGG